UCACAACAGCCACCACCUUCUCUGUGUGAUCACAGUUUUAGAGUCCACGAGCGUAUUAGGCUGGAUGUAACGCCAAAGUGCAAUUGCUGUUGUUGUUAGGGACCAUCAGGUUGCUUCUCACUCAUAGUGACUCUGUGUACAAAAGAAGGAAACACUGCCCAGUAAUUUGUCAUCCUCAUAAUUGUUGCUGUGUUUGUUUGAGCCCAUUGUUGCAGCCACUGUGGAGAUAGGCUUUAAUAAUUUCCACUUUUAUAUUCUAUUUUAUUAAUAUAAUUCUCAUAAUUUAUAUAAUACUUUCUAUUCUCCUCUUUUAGGUAGCACUGCUGGCAAACCCAAUGGAUGGAGCAAAUCACUCUGUGGUGACAGAGUUUGUGUUUCUAGGACUGUCCAAUUCCUGGGAGAGCCAGUUUGUCCUCUUCAUGUUCUUCUCCAUGUUUUAUUUGGCAACCUUGUUGGGAAACUCCCUCGUGCUCACUGUGAAUUCUGACCCUCACUUACACUCCCCCAUGUACUUCCUGUUGGCCAAUCUCUCCUUCGUUGACUUGGGUGUUUCUUCAGUUGCUUCUCCCAAGAUGAUUUAUGACCUUUUCAGAAAGCACAAAGUCAUCUCCUUUGGAGGCUGCAUUGCUCAGAUCUUCUUCAUCCAUGUCAUUUUUGGUGUGGAGUUGGUGCUGCUGAUAGCCAUGGCCUUUGACAGAUAUGUGGCCAUUUGUAAGCCUCUCCACUACCUAACCAUUAUGAGCCCACGAAUGUGCAUCUUCUUUUUAGUGUCAGCCUGGAUGAUUGGUCUUAUACAUUCUGUGGUUCAAUUGGCUUUUGUAGUAAAUUUACCUUUCUGUGGCCCCAAUGUGUUGGACAGCUUUUACUGUGACAUUCCUAGGCUCAUCAAACUGGCCUGCACAGACACCUACCGACUGGAGUUCAUGGUCAUGGCCAACAGUGGAUUCAUCUCUGUGGGCUCCUUCUUCAUACUAAUCAUUUCCUAUAUUGUCAUCCUUCUCACUGUUCAGAAACACUCUUCAGCUGGUUUAUCCAAGGCUCUGUCCACACUUUCAGCUCAUGUCACUGUGGUAGUUUUGUUCUUUGGUCCUUUGAUAUUCUUCUAUACAUGUCCGUCUCUCUCCAUAAACCUGGAUAAGUUUUUGGCCAUCUUUGAUGCAUUUGUCACGCCUUUCCUGAAUCCUAUCAUUUACACUUUGAGGAAUCAAGAAAUGAAGGUAGCAAUGCAGAGAGUAUGCAGACAGCUAGUAAAUUACAGGAAGAUCUCUUAA